UGUACAUCAGCACGUCCCAGCGUCUUGUCGGGACGGUGGAGACGAUCGACCCGCCGCUGGGACUGCUAAAAACUGACAUCGAUACAUCGGGCAAGUGCGAGUUUGUGGAUGUCAUCAGGAAGAAAGUGGUGUUUAAGCUACGGCCCCUGCCCAUUAUGUGAAAGGAUAUUCACACGCUACUCAGGGGCGGUUUUCUGACGAAUCAGGGCUUGUUGAAGCUUGCCAAACGUUUAGGACGCCGAUAUGGAAGUCCUCUUUGGGAACUGCUGUCUCUAUUUGCCCGAUCAGGCAACAUAAUGGCCUGUACCAGACGUCUCAAGUUCCUGAGCUGUUUGUGGUGGUUCCUGCCGCGGCCGACCACAUUGGCUUCAGUUGGUUCCUUUGACGUCCCGAUCAGGAAAUCGGGCUGUGCAGAGUCCGGGGUCGAGCACCUUCCCGAUAUGGACGUGAAAGGUGAAAAGCCAGACGAGAGGACGGUGGUGCUGGGCAGAGGAUGUUAUCGAUAGCACAAACGUGAAACGAGGAUGCAUUGGCGACAGGGAUUUGGCGAGGGCCAAUUUGAGCAGACAGGCGUAUAUAAGGCAGUCUGGAUCCUGUUUGCUACUCAUUAACAUCUUCACUUCAAUCGACUCCACAAUGAUCUUCAACCGUGCUACUUUCUACGCUAUGAUUCUUGCUGUUGCCUACGCUGCUCCUAUUGCAGAGGCCGAGGCUCUGGCAGAGCCACUGCCGGAGGCCAAUGCUUUGCCAGGCUGGGGUUGGCACAGAGUGAACAGAAACGAGGU